CGCGCCCCCCCCCUCCGGGCGCCGCCACCAUGAGCCGCCCAUCCCCCCCGCCCCAGCCGGGGCGGGGCCGGCGGACUCGAGCCUGUACCAGGCGAAGGACACGCCGAAGGAGAUCCCAGAGGAGUCCCCCUGCGACGCCCUGUCGGCCGACUGGGCCGCCUUCCUGGAGAGCGGCACCGGCGCCGACAUCACCCUCCGUUUCGACGGCGGCGAGCGGAUGGUGCACAAGGCCGUGCUGCUGGCGAGGAGCGAGGUCUUCCGGCGUAUGUUCGCCCACAACAUGCAGGAGGCCAUCGAUGGCGCCAUCUCCGUGCCGGAGAUCGACGCGGACACCGCCGACUGCUUCACGCACUUCCUCUACGCCGGGCGGCUGCUCGGCGAGGAGGGCGGUGCGUACGGCCUCUGCCUCAGACUGCUGCCCUUGGCGAAGAAGUACGAGGUGAACUCCCUGGUGAGCUUCUGCGCGGCGCGUCUGACGUACUACCUUGCGGAGUCCAACGCGGCCGAGCUGCUGCGGCUGGCGGACAUGUACGACGUGCUGCCGCUGAAGCAGCACGUCGUGAAGUUCAUCGCCCGCAGCAUGGACACGCUGCGGGCCGUGCAGGACACAGCCGAGUUUGACAAGCUCGACGCCAAUUUGAUCAAGGAGGUGGUGAGCACCAUGGUCGCGCACUGCGGCGCCAAGCACCCCCGCGACGAGGCGGAACAGGUGCUCGAGUUCCCCGACGGCUCCGACUGGGCCCGGCUGAGCGUGGCGCAGCUGCGGCGCGCCUGCUCCGAGCGGAAGCUGCCCUCCGCGGGGCUCCGGGCCGCGCUGCUGUCGCGGCUGAGCGCGGGCGCCGUCGCGCCGGCCGCCCCGUGAAAAGCCGUGGUCGCCCCGCGCCGCCGCCGCGGCACGCACCGCCAUAGGGCUUCGCGCGCGCCGCGGCUCGCGGCGGAGCGCGGGCACCGGGG